AUGAAGUCAUUCGCUCUCCUACUGGUACCUGCGACCACCUUCGCGGCGUCUAUCAAUCUGCCCCGAGACCUCACCCCGGCCUCCUCCCUUCCCAGUGGCUGGCAGUACGCCGGCUGUAGUGUCGAUGCCGUCUCGCCACGUUCGUUGUCCCAGGCCUCGACCAUCUCCAAUACCGACAACAGUGCCGACUCGUGCAUCGCCUUCUGCUCCAGCAAGGGCUACAACGUCGCGGGCACCGAGUACUCUUCAGAGUGCUACUGCGGUAGCGCACUUCCCACCGCAGCCGAUGAGGCGUCGUGCAAUAUGCCCUGCUCGAGUGAUGCCAGCCAGGCGUGCGGCGGCCCCUCGCGCCUGAGUGUGUACUACAAUCCCUCUGCUAGCACCAGCAUGAACCCUGGCGUCGCCGGCUGGGUCAGCGGUGGCUGUAUCAAGGAUGACGUGCAGGACCGCACGCUCCCAGACCUCAAGCAGGUGGAUGGCCCGAUGGCGGUUGCGAAGUGCGUGGCUGCCUGCCAGGCUAGUGGAUACGUGCUUGGUGGUGUAGAGUAUGGAGGAGAAUGCUGGUGCGGCAACUCCGCCAACCUGAAGCCCACCAACGACCCCUCGCAGUGCUACAUGCCCUGCGCCGGCAACCACAGCGAAUUCUGCGGCGGACCCGACGCCCUGAACGUGUAUUACGCACCUUCCACGACCCCACCACCCAGCGGGAACUGCCUGCCUCUGCGUGCCGACGGCUAUGGCCUCCUGCAGAACGGUGGCUUUGAGGACGGCUUCAACGGCUGGGUGGCCAACGUCGUCUCCGGCGAGUUUCAGCCGGCCUUGGACAAGGCGGACCAGUAUGAAGGAUGCCAGGCUGCCAAGAUCACACCCACCUCCCCCCCGACCUCCGGCUCCCGUCAAAUCUCCAUCUCGCAGACCCUCAGCAACCUCACCCCGGGCGCCUCCUACACUUUCACCGGCUACCAAGGCCGCCUGGCCGCUAGCCUCAACGACGACUCGCCCGUCAUCGCCGUCAUCGUCGGCGCCCAGCGUUUGGGCGAGAUCACCGCCUGCUCCGGCAGCGGCUGCGAAUUGAGCGUCGCGGAUGGUGCGGCGGCGUAUACGAAACAUACCGUGCCUUUCACGUAUGAGGGGCAGGGGCCUGUGGCGGAUUUGGCGUUUGUGGUCACGUAUACGAGUGCGGAUACGGAGAAAGGGAAUCCGCCGUUGUUGUUUGAUGGGUUCAACUUGGUGGAGGAUGAGGCGGCGCCAUCGGCUGAUCGUUUGUAG